GAUCCACUCGCUCAUCCUCUGCCGCCAUGUCCCAAACGCGUGAGUUCCCACCACUUUAUCAAUCCACAGGCGACGCGUCGUCCGACCGACUCGCGUUCUUCCACCUCCUCGAGCGUCUCAAGACACAGAAACGGACCGGAUGGGUCGACCAUGACAUACCGAACCCAGAGAGUAUCUCGGAUCACAUGUACAGGAUGGCGAUGUUGGCGAUGUGUACCUCGGACCAGACGCUGGAUGUGGCCAAAUGCGUGAUGCUCUGCUUGGUGCACGAUCUGGCAGAGGCCCAUGUUGGUGAUAUAGCACCGCGAGAGGGGUUCACGUCCGAGGAGAAGAGACGGCUCGAGGCAGAAGCCAUGGACAAUAUAGUCCAUGAAAUGCUACACGAUAGCCCCGCUGCCCUAAAAAUCCGGGCGCUUUGGGAGGAAUACGAGGAACGACAGACACCCGAGGCGAAAUUCGUCAAAGAUCUGGAUCGGUUCGAGAUGGCCUGCCAAGGUUCUUGCUUCUUUCCGGUGGUGGAUGUGCGCGUGUCCGAUGCUUACGCGAGCUUUCUUCAGCCUCAGAAUACGAGCGGGCGC